AUGAAUAUUGUGGGGUGCAAGUGGGUCUUCAAAGUUAAACGGAAGGCAGAUGGCUCAGUUGACCGAUACAAGGCUCGUCUUGUUGCCAAGGGAUUCAAUCAUAAAGAAGGCUUUGAUUAUGAAGAAACAUUUAGCCCAGUGGUCAAACCGGCUACCAUUCGCACUAUUUUAUCUCUGGAUGUUUCUUAUAAUUGGUCCCUUCAGCAACUGGAUGUUCGCAAUGCUUUCUUGAAUGGGUACUUGCAAGAAGAAGUAUACAUGAAACAACCCCCUGGUUUUCAUGAUCACUCACGACCUGUCGGCUCCACAAGGCUUUCUAUGGCCUGA